UCGAUAAAUGUAUCGGAUACAAGUUUAGGGUUGUGGUUAGUUCGAUUGGUUCACUUGGUUAAUUUGAUCAUUUAAGCUAUCGAUCCCAGUCAACCAAACAAGCAACGGCAACUACAAGUCACCGUACCAAAAUACCUACCGGUCUUUCCCGUUAAUUAUUUUUCUUUCCGUUUUUUAAAAUUAUUUUUCUUUCAUUUAUUCCGGAAAAAAAGAAGAAGAAGAAGCAAAUCAGAGAAAUAUCACCAAAAGCAAAAACCCUUCCGGACAAGUCUUGAUCUACGCCACGUUCAUGGCUUCUCCGCGAGCUGUUGAAAACACAGAGAAUAGCUUGGAGAAGAUUAAGCGUCAGCUAGCUUCCGCUUCUGGUAGAAACUUGUUGCAGGGACCACUCCUCAAGAGAUCUGAAACUCUGAGAAAAUGGAACGAGCGUUGGGUAAUCUUGGACCCAACAACUGGGAGAAUGGAAUACAAGUUAAGAAGAAAUGAGCCAACUGUUAAGGGAACAAUUAUAUUUGAUGCUAAUAGCACGAUAACUAUAUCUCCUGUGAAUUUCCAUGGGCUACCAAAGUAUGACGGGUGCUGCUUUUAUAUUGGGACACCUCAGAAACAGGAUUACUUCCUCUGUGCGGAGACUCCUGGUGCAGCUAGAGCAUGGGUGUCAACUUUACAUGCAACUCAGUUGGUUCUAAAAGCCCAUAAAGAAGCUGUGAGCUCCUUAAGUGGGAAUGGUUCUACAAAAUUAGGAACCGUUGCUACCGUUGUUGCUGCAGCCAAUUCAACAGCCUUGGAAUGUUCUAAAGAAAUUGAAGCAGCAAUGCAGAUUUCUUUGAGAAAUGCUCUAGGAAUGAUGACAAAUAAGACUACUGACGGUCCUAUGGAUGAUUUAACAAUCAUGAAGGAAACACUAAGAGUUAAGGAUGAGGAGCUACAGAAUUUAGCUCGAGAUAUUAGGGCACGUGAUUCAACUAUAAAAGACAUAGCAGAUAAACUAUCUGAGACUGCCGAAGCCGCCGAGGCAGCAGCAUCUGCUGCAUAUACUCUGGAUGAGCAACGGAGAAUUGCUUGUGCAGAAAUUGAGCGUUUGAUAAAAGAUUCUGAGAAGCAGCAGGAGGUGUCUGCACAGAAGGUAAAAGAGUCUGAAGAAAAGAUUAUGGGCUUAAGCAAAGAAAGAGAGCAGUUAAUCAGGCAGAGAGAUGCUGCUAUUCAGGAGGCAAAUAUGUGGCGCUCUGAACUGGCAAAAGCUAGAGAGCAUGAUGUGAUCUUAGAAGCAGCUGUAGUCAGGGCAGAAGAAAAGGUUAGAGUUGCAGAGGCAAAUGCUGAAGCAAGGAUAAAGGAGGCUGUCCAGAGAGAAUCGGCAGCAAUAAAAGAGAAGCAGGAGCUUCUUGCAUAUGUGAACAAACUAAAAGCACAACUUCAAAGGCAGCACAUUGAUACAACUCAAGUUUUUGAGAAGACAGAAUCAUGCUCAGAUACAAAGCAUGUUGACCCCACAGAAGAGAAUGUGGAUAAAGCAUGCCUGACUGAUUCUAGAGCAAUCCCUGUCCCUGCAGAGAGCGUAGUUCGCAUGGCAACAGAUCAGGUGAACAUUCAGCCUGUUGGGGACAAUGAAUGGAGUUAUAUUCAGGCAACAGAGGCAAGGAUAGCUGAUGUUAGGGAAGUAGCACCCGAAACUAAUGGAAGCAGCUUGGAUAUUCCUGUGGUUAGCCAGCCAGAUACCAAUCAUCAUCAUGAACAAGGAGCAAACUCUCUCCAUCAGCCCUGAUGUUAAUCACAUGUAUACAAAGAUAGAGAAAUAUUCUACUUUAGGGAAUGUAAUUAUAUACCAUUUUGUUGGAUGAGCAUGUAAACCUUAUUGAUUUCAUUUUAUAAUUUGUCUAAUCAAGCUGUGUUAUGACCUGCCUUGAAAGUGAGUACCUUUUUUCUUAUGUAAAUGUAAUACAACAAGCUGACUGGUGAAUUUUCUGUGAAAUGUAACAUUUGAUCAACGAAUA